GUUUGUUUAGCAUAUUUAUCAUAAUAGUAUAAAAAGUUCAAGACUUUUUAUUUUAUUUUAAGGUUUUUUUUUAUAUUGAUAUACAUACAUUAAAAUGCGCCCACAACAGCCUAUGUUACACUGUUUUCCUACUGGAAAACGACAGCAUUCCGAUGAGGACCUCCAUAAGAAGAAGAAGCAAAAAGAUAAAAAUAAGGAGCAAGACGCCUCUGGAGGAAAACCACAGCAAUCCGAUGCCGCUGGCGAAGCCAAAAAUAAGAAGGAAGAAGAGAAAAAAAAGGAGCAAGCUGCUUCUGGAAGAAAACCACAGCAAUCCGAUGGCGCUGGCCAAGCCCAGAAGAAGAAGGACGAGAAAAAAAAGGAGCAAGUCGCCUCUGGAGGAAAACCAAAGCAAUCCGAUGGCGCUGGCGAAGACCAUAAGAAAAAGGAAGAAGAGAAAAAAAAAGAGCAAGUCGCCUCUGGUGGAAAGCCACAGCAAUCCGAUGGCGCUGGCCAAGCCCAGAAGAAGGAAGAAGAGAAAAAAAAAGAGCAAGUCGCCACUGGUGGAAAGCCACAGCAAUCCGAUGGCGCUGGCCAAGCCCAGAAGAAGGAAGAAGAGAAAAAAAAGGAGCAAGUCGCCACUGGAGGAAAGCCACAGCAAUCCGAGGGCGCCGGCGAGGUCGAUAAGAAGAAGGAAGGACAAGAAAGGGAGCAAGUUGCAUCUGGACCCAUAUUCGAUGAAGAUUCCGAAAUCAUUCCGCCACCGCCAGUAGAGGGUCAAGUGGGCUCAUAUUUUAAUGUUGGCAGAUGGGCCAAAGAAUGUCUAAUUAAAGGCUAUAAUUAUGGUGUUUUUCAUAUGGAAUGCGGCACUACGACAAACAAUGAUGUUGGACUCACCACAAUCGGUUCAGCUUAUCCCGAUUUCAAAAGCAUUUUGGGUGGUGUUGAGAUUCGCAAACAAUUCGGUCCGUUUCAUUUGUCCCAUAAUUGGCAAAGCAAUAACGAAUGGCUAUCCGAAGCGGGAGUAAAUACCCCAAUAGCUGGUGGCAUAUUUUCUGCCCUAUUAAGGACAGCGUAUUCAAAGCAAGAAAAUUUUGAAUAUAAAGCAAAAGUUAAGACUGGUUUUGAAUUAUCCCCCAUUAAAAUGGAAUUGGCUCUACCGAUCGUAAAUGAGCCCAAGGCAAUGGGUUAUUUUGUUGUAGCUCCCGCUACGAAUUGGUUAUUGGGCUAUCGCGCAGUGUAUAAUCUGGAGGAGAAGGGAUUCGAUAAACAUGCAUUUUGUUUGGGCUAUUACAAUGGCAGCUCCGAAGUCGGCCUUAAAAUGGUGAAUUUCCAAGAUGUUCGUGGAUCUAUAUUCCAAAGGUUGGGUAAACGAUUUGCUGUUGCCUUACAAACGGAUCUGUAUGGCGGUGGUGAGACAAGAAGAAUCGAUUUUGGCGGUCAGUAUAUGCUCGACAGCGGUUCAUUGUUUAAAGCCAAGGUCAAGGAGGAUGGCAAUAUGGGUUUGGUGUAUCAAUCAAAAUUGAACGACAAUAUUGAAAUUAGUUAUCAUGUUGGUUUCGAAAGCAGUUCGCCCAUCAACGGUAAUCAUAAAAUUGGCGUUGCAUGGAUUCUAAAUUCUUAGUCUCACACACACAGAGAGUAAUGUUAAGGAAACCAGACACUAUUAUUUACACAGAUCCUUUACCUCUUCUCUACUCAAUUUUAAAAAUAAAUUUUACAAAAAGCAUUAUAAUAA